AUGUCUUAUAACUGCAGGUUGAAGGCAGAAGGAUUGGGUGAUGCAAUCAAGCAUGCUUCAAGGACACAGUCUUUAGGAAAUACAUUAACAAACGACCAAUCAAAGAAGCAAACACAGGGUCCAGGCAACAAUUACGUUACCACUGAGCAGAGCGAUCACAAAACCAAUAGCCAUUUAGAUGAACCUUUUCAAACAAACGACGGCCUCGAGAGACAAGAACACGACACUUUUGUCAAUACAUCUAAGACAUGCACCAAGAAAACAAACCUGGUUUUCUUAAAGACCCACAAGACAGGCAGUUCGACGGUGCAGAACAUACUUAUGCGGUUCGGCAGUGCUAGAAACCUAACCUUUGCUCUACCGUAUAGGGGACACAUAUUAGGCUGGCCAAGGCCUUUUCACAAGAGGUUUGUGCUCCAGGAGCGAAUAGGGAUGAAAAAUACCACGUACAAUAUCCUCUGCCACCACACGCGCUUUCACUACGACAACAUCCGCGAUCUUAUGCCAGACGACACUGUUUACAUCACCGUUGUUAGAAACCCAGUUUACAUGUAUGAAUCGGUAUUUACUUACAACAGAUUCGCAAAGAAAUUAAAUAUAAGCACAUCUGAACCUUUCAAGACCUUCCUCGAUCAACCUUCGUACUACAUCAAGUUUGGGAAGCUAGACCCGCUUCGUUACCGUAAUCCCAUGUUUUAUGACUUGGGGAAUGACACAGCAGAGUCGUACUCAGAACAGACUAUAAAAGCCAGCAUCAACAGACUGGAAACAAUAUUUUCUGUUGUCAUGGUAACAGACUAUUUUGAGGAGUCGCUAAUUUUGCUGAAACAUGAGCUGUGCUGGGAUAUCGAUGACGUUCUGUUUUUCACAUUAAACGCUCGAAGAGACGAAUCCAUACGUCACGUUACAAAAAAUAUGGCACGAAAAAUCCGCCAAUGGAGCAAGAUUGACUCAAUGCUGUUCGAUCAUUUUAAUAAGACUUUAUGGUACAAACUAUCCAAGCUUCCCUUCGACUGGAGACAAGAGGUUGCUGUUUUAAAGGCAAGAAACCGGCAACUACAAGAGGAAUGUUUACAGCCUGACGGAAUGGGGGAAACAGAAACACAGGACAAGCGCUUUAAGGUGUUCAAGCCGCCAGGCAUUUCUAUCGAGGGGUUUCAGUUAAGAGAAAGUGCACGAAUCAACGAGACGUGUGUGGGCAUGGCGAAACCAGAAAAGCCGUUUACAGCUGAACUACAUGAAAAGGUGGAACAGAAAAUCUUUUCGGGGGAAUAUAUAUCGAUCGUUUCCUGA